CAGAUUUCUAUAAACAGAGAUUCUUUCCGAAAAUGUUAACAUUAUACUCUCAGUUACCGGAAAAGAUACCAGUCCUCAACAAUCUACAAAAUCUAUUCAAUGUGAUAUACAAUCGUUAGACAAAGUUCUAGUACAAUCAGACAUCUAUCAAAAACUAGCAUUAUGUAUUUCCCAAAGAGUGAAAAAUCAAAUGGAUGAUAUUAUCAGUGAUUGCCUUCAGUUGAACCCCAACUUUGAUACGGAUACAAACAAUAUAAGUUGGUUUAUUAACUCCGGGUCGAAAAAACUUGAAUGUCUUUUGGAAAAGGUUCAACUAAAAGAGAUAUUUGCAAAAAGGAAUUGUGUCUUGGCCAUUGCUGUUGAGACUGUCCGUCAAGCCAGUUAUAUUCUACUUUUUAAAAUAAUGUAUUUACGCUAUAUUAAUCAGCUGAUUGAAGAGAAUUUAAAUGCAAAUUUUAAAAAUGAUUGGGUAAACAAGAACAUUGCCUAUAACGUGUCUAUCGACAAAAACGUAUUGGAUAAUGUGUUUGGAUCUAAAGAAGAUUUGAACGAAUUAUUUUACGCAAGUGGAAUUCUUCGAAAAGAAGAUCAACAUAGAAAAGUGCUAUUUUCUACCUAUGGCGAAGAAAUAUUUCCUACCAUUCAACAAAAACUACCUGAUCUGAAGUUCAAAAUGAAAAUGUACUUUGUAGUCGCCCAAAUAUAUUCAACCCAUAUUCACGUUGCUCUACAUCAAGCUGUCAGACUUAAAUCUGUCGAAGAAAACGGAGUGUCCAUUGUUGUUCAAGACAAGAUUAUACCAAUCGACAAUUUAUACAAGGCUCUUUGUAAGAUUCUCUGGACUAAUAUAUCAUCCGAUAUCGUCAUCAAUUAUUGUGAACAGCACAACAAUGAGACAAAUACUUUAGUUUAUGAUUUCUAUUCAACACAAAACCAUGGUCAAAUCCUAAAAACACUGGAAUUAAGCGUACUGAAAAUCUUUAAUGCGCAGAACACCAAUUUAGACAUGGAUUACAAAAAAGAGAUAAGUAUCAAUCAUAAAAAUUGUACUUGCAGUUUCACCCUUUCUUUCCGCACCAUCAUUGAAAUGGGUAUAAAUCCUACCCUUCAAAGCGCCGCAAAGGUCAUUGCGGCUUCAUUAACAAGCGCUGAAUUAUUUGGAAGUUAUGAGGUGGAUUAUUUAUUUUUGCUGGGAAAUCCUUUUUCUUUUUCUUCCGACUCGCAAGUUUAUAAUGCAUACAUUGUAUUAAUGCAAAAUGCUAUUUGUCUUGGUAUCGAGUCCAAAGGAAAGGAUACACAAUUUAUCUAUUUACGAGACACGAUUACUGAUUUAGUGCAAUCAACCGUUUAUAAUAAGAAUUGCUUAUAUGAAAAGUUUACAAUGGGAACAUUACGUCAAGUACUUAAAGAUACAUAUGCGGUGCGAUUAAAAGACCAUUUUGCCCAUAAAUUUGUUCCAUUUUCUCGGAUAUCCAAAUGUGAAAAUGAUACUGCAAGUGAUAUGGUGGGUGAAGGUAGCUUCUUGAUAGUUUUUCGAAGGGGCCAAACCAUUCCAAUGACGGGGUUGACAUUGAAAAUAAAUCUGGGUCAUUUAAUGCAUCGUUAUUCGACUUUGGUGGCAGAAUUUAUAAGAGUAGACACUUCAAACGAAAAAUUACCUAAUGAUUCUGAUAUCUUGCCAAAAGAUUCCCAAGGACCAAAAUUUGAUCUGUUCGGAUAUGAGGACAAAAACAAUAUCUCCUUUGAGCGGCUUGUACUUAACUUAAAGUACACUAACUACAAUUAUUCUUUACAGCUAUCAAUGCGAGAGACUGGGUAUAAAGUUGAGGAAUACAUGUUUAAAGAUAUAGGGGACCCUUUAACGCUCGCUUAUAUCCAUUCUCAUUAAUUGCAGUCAAUACAGAUUCAUUGCCAAUAGCUUACUAGAUCCUGUCAACUUGCAUUAGUUUUUCCAGCAGUAGUAUAAGCGUGGAAUAAAGACUAAGGAAUGAUUCUUUCUUUUGCACCCAUUUAAUAAAAAUAAAAUAAAAGCGCCUGGGGUGUUUCCAAUUUUGAAGACAGCGUU